AUAAACAUGAUGCAAAAAACCUAAAACUAUCUUUUAUUUUUUUUCUUUCAUGUUAUAACAUAACAACAUCAUUCACAUGUCACACAAAAAAAGAAUAUGUGGUCCAAAAGAAAUUCAGGCUAUCCUUAGAUACUACGGAGCAACCGACAUUCUCAACUGCAGGCGACAUUAAUAAGACCAUCGACAGCAUCAACUUUUUAACAGAAAUUAAUGUCGAGCCUUGUCUGAUACGAACCUCAGAUACAGAUGAAAUUAUACUGCUCACCGAUAGCAAUACAUCCAGUUCAAUAUUAAGCCACACAUCCUUCCAUACAAAUCAAACCUCAUUCACUGAUUUCACAACAGCACUAAACUCCCCCUCACCAUGUAGUAAUCCCACCACAAAUGCGACAACAAAGCAUUGCAGCAAGAAACGAAAACGUGGACGACCUUUCAAACAUUAUAGUGAUGGGCCAGAUCUAUCAUAUUUGACACACCUUAAUGUGGAAGAACGUAAAUACUUGGAACAUCGUCACAGAAAUAAUGAAGCUUGCAGGCAAUUGCGACGCAAACGCCGGGAGCUUGAAAAUGCAGAAAUUAUGGAAGAACAAGAACUUAAGCAGAAAAAUGCAGAUUUGAAGAUGAAGCUAUUGAAAUACUCACACAUAGCAGAAGCACUAAAUGGCAUACUGAAUAGGAAAACUUAAAUAUCACAUAUUAAUAUAUUAUUGCUUUCUCUAUAGGAAGGUGUACAUACAUACCAUCCACAAUUGUAUCUACUUCUAUUAUUGGCAAAGUUGAAUCCACAUUUCAUAGAGGGACUUCGUUUCCAUAUGUAGUAUAUUUUAUUAUGGAUCUCAUUUCCAUAAUUGCAACUACCUCAUCCUCUCGCUGCACGGAUAAAGAUUUUGUGGCACGAAAGAAGUUUAGGCUAAUCGUAGACCUCAAGAAGCAAACCACACUCACAGCAACCGAUAACAUAAUAAUACCCGAUGAUAUCAACACUUUCUCAGAAACACGUGCGAAGUCCAAGAAACAAACUUCAAGUACAAGUGAAUUUAUUCUACUUAGUGAUAGCAGUUCAUCCUACCGUUCAGAGCUAACCUGUACUUCCUUACAAGCGAAUGAAACGUCAUUCGCUAAUUUUAGAAGAAUGCGGAACUCCCCACCACUAUAUAGUACCUCCACCUCUAACACGACAGCAAAAUCCUACAGUAACAGACCGAAACGUGGUCGACCUUUCCCAAAACAUAGAAAUCGUUUCGAUGCCUCAUAUUUAGCACAGCUUACCGAGAAAGAACGUAAAUACUGGGAAAAGCGUUACAAACAUAAUGAAGCUUGUCGGCAAUUGCGUAUCAAGCGCAGACAACUUGAAGAGGCAGAAAUCAUGGAAGAAGAAAGAUUGCAGCAUAUAAAUGCAGAAUUAAAGAUCAAACUCCUCAAAUACUCGCAUAUAGCUGAAACACUAAAUAAUAUUGCGAAUAAAAGGACAUUUUAACAUGUUGACUUCUUAGUUGGGGGAUUUACCAAACACAUUUAUAUAUACUCUAGUUAUUAGUAGGGUUAUUUAAUCUACAUUUAAAAUAAGGACUAUAGUGGUCUAUUAAGGCCUAUUGUUAUCAGUACAAAGAAAUAGUUAAUUCGUUAAA